GCUCAUUAAAUUUAUUAACAAAAUGAAAAACAAGAUGGUCUCGAACCUAGUGGUCUUUAUAUUGCUACUAAGCUCUGUAAUAGAGUCCAGUAGCAGUGGUACUAGUAAUGAAUGGGAGCUUUGGAAAGCUACUUACGGGAAAUCCUACCUAACAUUAGAGGAAGAGAAAUACAGGAGGGACACGUGGGAGGAAAACUCAUUGCUAAUAAAGACACACAACACUGAUAGUGACAAGCAUGGGUAUACUCUAGAAAUGAACUCAUUCGGUGAUCUUACUUCUGCUGAGUUCUCCAGCCUCUAUAAUGGCUAUCGACAAAAUCUUGAGACUUCAGGAUCGGUUUUCAGCUCAUCUUUAAGAAAUGCUAUGCCAUCAUCCCUUGACUGGAGAGAUAAGAAAGUAGUCACAGAUGUGAAAAACCAGGGUAAGUGUGGGUCAUGCUGGGCUUUCUCAACAACUGGAAGUCUUGAAGGGCUACACGCCUUAAAAACAGGCCAUCUAGUCUCAUUAUCUGAACAGCAGCUCAUGGACUGCUCAGUCAAGUAUGGUAACAAUGGUUGCGAUGGCGGUAAUAUGAGAUCAGCUUUUCAAUACAUCAAAGAUGCUGGUGGCGAUGAUACAGAGGAGAGCUACCCGUACACAGCUAAAAAUGAGAGCUGUCGUUUUGAUCCAAAGAAGGUUGGUGCAACAGAUGAAGGGUAUGUGCGUAUACCCUCUGGAGAUGAAGUAUCAUUGAUGCAUGCUUUGUAUGAGGUCGGACCAAUCUCUGUGGCAAUGGAUGCUGGACUUAAAACUUUUCAAUUUUAUAAGAAAGGAAUAUAUUCUGAUUAUCUGUGUUCAAAUACUCAUCUCAAUCAUGGAGUAACUCUUAUUGGGUAUGGAGAAUCCAGUGAUGGUAGCCCUUACUGGUUAGUGAAGAACAGUUGGGGAAAAGACUGGGGAAUUGAUGGAUACUUUAUGCUUGCAAGAUACGUUGGGAAUAUGUGUGGAGUAGCAACUGAUGCUUCGUACCCUAUUCUGAAAUAAACACACAUCGUUGAUACUAACAACUAUUCUUAUAGCUUUGUGUUAUUUUAAGCUGAUGCUUUGUAUUAUUGUAAUUACAUCAUCGAUUGUACUUUCAGUUAAUUACAUAUCAUAUGAUCAGCAA